AUGGCCUCUAUUCGCGUUCUUUCCUUCGAUGCUGAGGGCCGUCCCGUGCAGUUCACUUCCUGGCUCGACGACCUGCAGUUGUAUCUUAUGAGCAAUAGCACGGACCACAUCUCCCUCUAUGACUACGCGUCUGGUGCUGCCGCUGCUCCUGCUGCCACAGCCGAGCUUAGUGUACGUUCACAGUGGCAGACUCGUGACGCUGCAGCUCGCCUGGCUAUUCGCAGUCACCUGCCGUUAGCUGAGCUAGAGCACUUUGGCGACUGCAAAACCGCUAAAGCCCUAUACGACGCUGUCGUUGCUCGCUACUCCUCACCUGCCACAGCCGAGCUUAGCCGUCUCAUGCUGCCUUACCUGUUCCCUGACCUGUCCACCUUUGCUACAGUCGCCGAUCUUAUCACCCACCUUCGCACUAGUGAUGCUCGCCUGCGUGCCGCCCUUCCCACCGAGUUCUGCGCUAAGAACCCCCCUCCCCUGUACUGGGCACUCCACUUCAUAGUCACCCGUCUCCCUGACACCCUCAGCUCAGUGCGCGACUAUUUCCUUGCUCGCUGUCCCACUGAGCUCACUGUCGCCCUCCUAGAGGAGAAGCUGCUAGCAGCCGAGAAGAGCAUUGUAGCUGUAGGUGCUGCUCGCGGCGCUCCUCGCACCCCCAUCUUUGAGGGGUGCUCUCCCUCUCCCCUCGCUCCCUCCUAUGCUACUGCUGCUGCUGUUGACUUCCUUGGUGCUGAGUCUGCUGGCGCUGCUUCUGCUCCUGGUGGGAGGCGCCGCACCGGCAAGGGCAAGGGGGGCAAGGGUGGCGGGGGUGGCGCUGGGGGGGGAGGGGGUGGGGGAGGUGGGGGGGGAGGCGGUGCUGGAGGGAGCGGUGGCGGGAGUGCUGGUGGGAGUGGGGCCGGCGGCGGAGGCGGGGGCGGCGGCGGGAGCAGUGGCGGUGGUGGCAGCGGCGGCAGUGGCGGCGGUGGCGGUAGUGGCGGUGGCGGUGGCGGUGGCGGUGGUGGCGGUCGGAGCGGAGGUAGUGGCGGCGGUGGAGGUCGGAGUGGAGGCACCGGCUCGGGCCAGAGCUCCCAGCAGCAGCAGCGUCCCCAGUCGACCCAGCAGCUUCGUGAGUGGCUUGCUCAGCGUGGGACGUCGGGGGGCAGUGGCCGCUGUUCCUAUGUCAUUCGCACAGGUGAUCGCAAGGGGCAGACGUGUGGAAAGUUCCACACUCAGUACCGCUGCUUCUUCCGCCUUGACGACGCUUGGCGUGAGGAGAUGGGCGAGGAUGUUGAGCGCCCUCGCUGGGCUGAGCUGAUGAGGGCUGGUGUUGAUAUCUUUGCUCUUGACUAUGAUGCUAUUAUUGCUGCCAUGUAUGCAUUGACUGUUAGUGCCGAGGGAGACUGUUACUUGUGUGUGCCGCCUGACCCAGGUAUAGGGCCCGCUGCCCUAGUCCUUGCCCAGUCCACCACUGUGCUCCCUUGUCCGGCGGUUCCGUCUGGCUCGUUGACGGGUUUCCACCUCCCCUCGUUCUCGACGAACCUGGUGAGCAACGCUGUCAUCCAGGAUCAGUGGGUUGACACCUUUACCCCUGGAGGACAGCGUGUGGCGAUCUGCACGUGCUCCAGGACCGGCCGUCACCUGGCUACGUUUACUCGUCGGCCGGGGUCGAGUCUCUACACACUGACCACUGCGUCUCCUCAGGUCGCUGCUGUCGGUCAGGUGUCCGCGUCAGGUCUGGUGGCCCACGCCUGUGAGUGUCGUUCCCUGUCGCACCAGACUCUUCUCUGGCACCACCGCCUGGGUCACCCCUCCUUGCCACGCCUCCGUGGCAUGCACCGUCGCCGCCUUGUGUCUGGUCUUCCCAGGUCCCUCCCUCCUCUCCCUUCCUCGCCUGCGCCGCCUUGCCUUCCUUGCGUCGAGGGGCGGCAGCGCGCCGCUCCUCACUCCUCCUCGUUCCCCCCGACAGGGGCUCCUCUGCAGACCCUCCACCAGGACGUGUGGGGCCCAGCCCGCGUUCGUGGCCAAGGCGGUGAGCGGUACUUUUUGCUGGUUGUCGACGACUACUCGCGUUACACCACGGUCUUCCCCUUGCGCACCAAGGGUGAGGUCCCUGCUGUUCUGAUCCCUUGGAUCCGCACAGUUCGUCUCCAGCUCCGCCGCCGUUUCCGGACGGAUCUUCCUGUCCUGCGUCUGCACUCUGACAGAGGUGGUGAGUUUUCCUCCGACCUCUUGAGGACCUUCUGUCAGGCGGAGGGCAUCGAGCAGACCUUCACGCUUCCGGACUCCCCACAGCAGAAUGGGGUUGCUGAGCGCCGCAUUGGCCUGGUCAUGGAGGUCGCUCGUACCUCCUUGGUCCACGCGGCGGCUCCCCAUUUUCUGUGGCCGUUUGCUGUCCGGUACGCCGCGCAUCAGCUCAACCUCUGGCCCCGUGUCUCCUUGCCGGAGACCUCGCCCACACUGCGUUGGACGGGGGAGGUUGGCGAUGCGUCGCGCUUCCGGGUGUGGGGUGCUCGUGCCCUUGUCCGCGAUACGUCCGCGGACAAGCUCUCCUCCCGCACGCUUCCCUGUGUCUUCCUUGGCUUUGUCCCUGACGCGCCGGGCUGGCAGUUUUACCACCCCACCUCGCGCCGGGUCUUCGCCUCUCAGGACGUCACCUUUGACGAGUCGGGUCCUGCUCCUUCAGGUGUCUCUCAGGUAGACCCUCCUCCCGUCGCUGAGCCUGUCGAGGUCACAGGUGACUCAGGUGCUGCUGCAGGUGGUGCUGCUGGGAGUGCUGAGCCUGCGGGUGCUGGGCCUGGUGGUGCCGGGACUACGGGUGCUGGAGCUGAGGGUACUGUGCCUGAGAGUUCGGCGCCUGGGGGUGCUGAGCCUGGGGGUGCUGCGACUGGGGGUGCUGAGCCGGCGUGUGCGGAGUCUGGGGGUGCUGAGUCUGGGGGUGCUGCGCCUGCGGGUACUGAGCCUGGGGGUGCUGCUACUGAGCCUACGGAGCCUCGGGUUGCUGCGUCUGGGGGUGCUCCGGUUCGGGGUGCUGAGCAGUCUCUCACACCACAGCAGCUUCGUGACUGGUACGUCCGGCGCUUUCGCCGUCCUAGUGGCUCGGCUGGAGCUGGGGGUACUGGAGCUGCCGGGACUGGUUGUUCUGGGAGCACUACGACUGGAGCUGCUGGAGCUGGGGACUCUGGAGCUGGCGGCGCUAGCGGAGUUGUAGCUGCCGACUCUGGGGGUGCUCUUCCUUGCGGUGCUGCGGACCCUGGGGGUGGUGCUGCUGCUGGUGCUGCGGACCCACCUGGUGGAGCUGCUGCUGGAGCUGAGGACCCGAGCGGUGGCGCUGCUGCUGGUGCUGGGGACCCGGACGCUGGAGUCUCUUCUGCUUCUGGAGACGCUGCGCGGCCGCGACCGUACUUCAUACCGCUCCUUCAGCAGGUUCUUGGGCAGGCUCCUCCUCCUUGUCCUCCUCCCUCCGUAGAGUGUCCUCCGACUGUCCAGCCGCAGUCACUGUUACCGCCUGCCUCGCCUCUCCCUGCUCCCUCUCCUUACACUGGUCCCACAGGAGGUCUUACAGAGCGUCGUGAGCCUGAGUCUCGUCCUGCGUCGCCUGUCCGUACUGCUCGCACUGGUCGUCGUGUCCGUCGUGAGCGUCCUCCUCCUGUCCCAGGCACUCACUACAUGACUCUGCGUCCCUCUACUGCUCCUCAGCGUGUCCCUCUGCCGUCUCCUCCUGCGUCCUCUUUGCCUGCUGUUCCGGACCCUGAGUCUGACCGGUAUCGUGCUGAGCACCCUACUGUCACGCGUCUCCUAGCUACUGUUGUCACUGACCCUACCUUUGAGUCCUCGGCUGCGUCUGCUCUGGUCGCUGAGUUGGUUGACUUUGCUGCUGCCUGUCGUCUAGACUACGCUGCUCGCCUUGUUGCUGGGUCUGAGUCUGCGUCUGUCUGUCCUCCGUCCGUCGGGGGUGAGUGUGCUCUUGGCACGGACGUCCUUGAGGACAGGCAGGAGGACUUUGACUCUCUCGCGGCUGCUGUACCUCAUCUCGUGGCCUGGUUGCUUGCCCCUGAGGGAGACCCGGAUGCACUAGACAUCCCCACUCCGCGCACUUACGCAGAGGCGAUCUCGGGUCCCUACUCCUCUCAGUGGCAGACAGCCAUGGACGCAGAGAUGGCAUCCUGGAAGUCCACAGGCACCUACGUCGACGAGGUUCCCCCUCCUGGGGCGAACAUCGUCGAUGGCAUGUGGAUUUUCAGGGUGAAGCGGCCGCCAGGUUCUCCGCCUGUCUUCAAGGCUCGUUACGUUGCUAGAGGCUUCAGUCAGCGUCAGGGGGUCGACUUCUUCCAGACCUUCUCCCCCACCCCGAAGAUGACCACUCUUCGGGUUCUGCUGCACGUUGCUGCUCAGCGUGACUACGAGCUUCACUCUCUUGACUUCAGCACAGCGUUCCUGCAGGGCAGCCUGCACGAGGAGAUCUGGCUGCGCCGCCCACCUGGCUUUACUGGGUCGUUUCCUCCUGGUACCCAGUGGAGCCUCCGCCGGCCAGUCUACGGUCUCCGCCAGGCGCCACGCGAGUGGCACGACACACUGAGGACUACACUUGCGGCUCUUGGGUUCGCGCCGUCUACUGCUGACCCGUCGCUGUUUCUGCGCACAGACACGUCGCUGCCGCCGUUCUACAUUCUCGUGUACGUCGACGACUUGGUCUUUGCUACUGCUGACACUGAGGCACUCGCUCGUGUGAAGUCGGAGCUGCAGAAGAGACACACCUGCACUGACCUGGGUGAGCUGCGUAGCUACCUUGGCUUGCAGAUCACCCGGGACAGAGCUCGCCGCACCAUCACCCUGACUCAGUCACACAUGGUGCAGCAGGUCCUUCAGCGCUUCGGCUUCCAGUUCUCCUCACCACAGGCCACACCUCUGGCUACCAGCCACUCGCUCUCAGCUCCACCUCCGGACGAGUCCGUAGAGCCGAGUGGCCCAUACCCAGAGCUUGUGGGCUGCCUCAUGUACCUGAUGACUUGCACGCGACCUGACCUCGCGUACCCUCUUAGCAUCCUUGCUCGUUACGUUGCGCCUGGGAGACACAGGCGAGAGCACUGGGAGGCUGCUAAGAGGGUGCUGCGCUACUUGUGCAGUACAUCAGGCAUGGGGCUGGUGCUUGGAGGACGCGACAGAGUUGUCCUCACUGGCCACUCGGACGCUUCUUGGGUGGACGACCUGGCUACGCAGCGGUCGUCACAGGGUUACACCUUCAGCCUUGGCUCUGGUUCUGUCUCGUGGCGGUCCACCCGCUCUUCUUCUGUUCUCGGCUCUAGUUGUGAGGCUGAGAUCUACGCCACAGCCAUGGCUGCCCAGGAGUUACGCUGGCUCACCUACCUGCUGACUGACUUGGGAGAGCGGCCUAGUUCUCCUCCAGUUCUGUACGGUGACAACAAGGCGGCCCUUGCCUUGUGUCAGGAGCACAGACUGGAGCACAGGACGAAGCACAUUGCUCUUCGCUACUUUCUUGCUCGAGAGCUGCAGCAGCGAGGUCAGCUUCGGCUUGUGUACGUGGACUCGAAGGCCAACACUGCUGAUAUCUUCACCAAGGCGCUCCCGCCUAGUGAUCAUCAGCGGCACUGUACUUCCUUAGGCCUUGUGUCCACAUUCCCUCAUUUGCUUACUGCUUGA